AUGACUCGAUCCAUGGAUCACCUCUUAGCCCGUAAACCCCAGGUUCCGUGCUACUUGUUCGAGUCACACCCCGAGGACCCCACGCCCGUGGACGACGACAUGGACAGCUGCAAGUUUGAGCUCAAGCUUGGCAGCGAGAUGCACAUCCCAGUGACCAAGACGGCGGCGGACGUGCGUGCAAGCCCCAUGGGCGGAAACGACUACGUGUACGAUAAGCAGACGACGUCGUCGAUGGCGAGCAACAGCAGACUACCGACAACGGGCGCGAUUGAGGCCAAGAUCAAGACUCUGGCCUCUUAUUUAAAGUCGGUCUCGGCUGGCAUUCGGCGUCGUAGUAUGGCCUUCGACCGCGCACGUCUUACCCAGGCGUAUUACCGGAGGUCCGUACCGACCCCGGCAGCUAUGCGAACCAAGCUCAAUGUCAUUGUAUCCAGACAUAGCAGUGGGGAACACCAAACCACGCUCUCUUGGGACGAUAUUGAUGAGGAGGAAUGUCUGAGCUUUGGAGAUUUGCACGAGAUGAUGACGGCCACCCCUCCAUCCAGGAAACGUGGUCACCCGAGUGAAAUUUUCUGCGACUCGGAAAUCCGUCAAAUUUGUGCGCGCUGCGAAGUGCCGGAUCAAUUCGUUGACCAGGUUGUUCACAUCAUCAAGUCGUCGUUCGGUACUCCCGAACUGGACGUGAUUGCUCUGGAGGAGUUCAUGCCAGGCAACGUCGUCGUGUUCGUGGGCACGUUGAUCUUUGAGAGUAUUGAUUGUGGCGAAGAAUACGUGGAUCUCAGUGUUCUGCCGAGCUUCUUGCGCCAUAUUCAGGAACGAUACGACGGCAACAUGCCGUUCCACAAUGCCACCCACGCCGCUGAUGUGAUGCACACGCUCUUUAUGAUGCUAUGGAACACGAGUCUGGGUGAGAAAAUUUCUCAACACAAUCAGAUUGGUGCAUUGCUGGCUGCAGUGAUGCAUGACGUGGAGCACGUUGGCUUGACCAACGAUUUUCUGAUUAAAACCAGCCACCCAAUUGCGCAGAAAUACCCCACAAAGGCUCCGAUGGAGUCGAAGCACAUGGACCUGGCUCUAAGGGCAGUAGUGGACCCCAAGUAUGACGUUUUGACGAAGAUGUCGCCGGCCCACAAAGAACAAAUACUCGAAGUCGUCCGUGAAACGAUAUCGGCAACAGCUCUUAUUUAUCAGCCAGAGCUGCUCGCUGAGAUCAACGGUACGACGCCUGAGGAGUGGAAGAUGCUCGAGGAGGAAGGCACGGUGCUGCCGCAGAGUCUGCAGGUUCGCGCUCUUCGUAUUGCCAUGCACGUGAGCGACAUCAGUCAGACGAUGAAGCCGUUCGCGAACCACCAGAAGUGGGUGUUCCGUCUAAAUGAUGAGCACUACAAGCAGGGUGAGCUGGACGCCCGUGAGCACAGAGGUGUGAGCCCGUCGUUCUGCUUCCGUGACCAGUGGACGUUCGAGGGUUUCCUGUGCAGCCAGGUGUGUUUCCUGAGGAAAAUGGCACUUCCAGCUGUGGUGACACUAAACAACAUCCCGUGGUUGGAUGUGAACGAACUCGUGAAUGGGAUCGAGAAGAACAUCGCCGAGUGGGAGCAGCAAGUUGCCUCCCACUAGCAUGUAUUAUCGGAUAUGUUUUGCAUGUUGGAGUAUGAAGGCGUUUGCUGUAGAACUAUUGCACAUUGCAAAAAUAAAUUGAACGCUCUCUUCCAAAA